CUGUUAUUAUUAGUGUGUAGACUGGAUGUUAGUGGUAUAUUCUUACCAAACGUCAAUGUUUAGUGAUUCUGGUGGGGUGCUGGCCAUUGAAAUAGAUUAUAUUUCGGGUGUUGGCUACUUGGCUAUGGUCAGCUAGGUAACAAGAUGCUUCACAGACUGGCUCAGGUUCAGAUCAUUGUGGUUGGGAUAAGACGUCGCCAGCAGGUUGACCAACAUUGCUGCAUGUCAGAUAAAAGUGUCUCAUCUUUCUGAAUUUUCUACCACCUUAGUAAAAACCAUCCGUAAUUUCUCAUCAACCAACCAACUGGGUUACACCCUGUCAGACUGACAGCAGACAAGUGCUUCCUUGCAUGGGUCUUGGUGUAAUUCUCUGCCUUAUUUAACCCUGGUGCCCCAAAAGCAGGGGCUAUAAGGACAUCCCUGUACCACAAUGCUGGACUCAGUGAGGAAUGCGUUCCACGCCCAGCUGGCUACCGUCAUGGACUCGCUACUGGCAGCAGCGGUGUGUGAGAUCGCCAAGAUCUUCGAGAGCAGUCUGUGUGAACAGCAAGCAGAGCUGACACAGAGAGGAGAGGAGAUCACUGCACUUAGGGGGAGGCUGGAGCGGGCAGAGAGGAGGCUCAAGGUGGAAGGAGAGGAAGGAGAAGAGGGCAUACUGGAUGUUGUUGAGCGACCAGUGAGGAAAGCAGGAGAUAACAGUCCAAGGCAGCAGUCUGAACCAAGAGCUGGCUCAAGCUGGGAGUCAGAUGCUGCCUCUGAGACCCCGCAACUGGUCCAGGACAGGGGGUGUAAAAAGCCCCCCAGGAUGAAAAAAGAGGAGACUGAGCCUGAUGGCACUUCCAUCAAAGAAGAACUUAAACAUUGCCCUCUUCCACAGUUUGAGGAGCCACACCCUACCCCAGUGGAGGGGGAGGGACAAGGACCAGGGGGGAGCUGUGGGGUCCAGAGGCUGGGAGAAACCAUGUCUGACACACCAGGGACCAAGGACAAGUUAUCCCAUUGGGAAGGUGACCCCAGACCACUUCAGAGCCAGAGCUCCACUUCCUUCUUCCAAGGACCCAGGGUUGGACAUUUUUCUCCCAGACCUGACCACAGGUCUCCUGGGCUUGAUCCCUGGGCGAGUGGGGUUCCUCUAGACCUCCAGGAUCCCAGCUUCCUGGACCAGAGCCCAGACCAAGUACUAGAGCAGAGAGAGUCCCGACAGUCACAGGACCAAACCAAUCAAUCCCAGAGAGGCCUGAGACCGAGAGACGACAGGGGCAGGGGCUUAGUUCAUCAGAACCGCUGGUCAUUGGCUGCCAAGGACCCAGUUAGACCACACCCCAACACAAACACUCACAAACACGGUCAUGCACACACCCUGGGCGGGGCGAGACCCUACACCUGCCCGUACUGUGGCAAGAGCUUCAGCUACCCAUCCCACCAACGCAGGCACCUACUGCGUCACACUGGGGUGAGGAUGUACCCCUGCUUGGUGUGCGACAAGAGUUUCCUGACUCCGUCCGAGCUCACUGUGCACACCCGCGUGCACACAGGAGAGAGGCCGUUUGGCUGUACCCAGUGUGGGAAGCGUUUUGCCCGCAGUGGGAACCUUCGGGCCCACCAGAGAGACGUCCACCUGGGGAAGAGACCUUUCGUCUGCCAGGAGUGUGGCAAGAGGUUUGCCCACCGGGGCAAUCUGAGAGUGCACCAUCAGAGGGUACACCAGGGCCUGCCAUACCACGAGGAAGACUUCGACCAAGACGGCAAUGCUCUGCCCUCUACUGGGUAGACGUAAAGGGAAAGUGAUUCACUAGGAGCUGAUGAGAGAAAACAUCUUAAAGUGGAGAAAUUAGUUUUCUUAUUUAGCCUUUUUGUUUUGUGAGUUAUGCCUGCCUGCAUCAUUCUCUUUGCAUUUCGAACUGCUGUCCAAUAGCAUUCAUUUCUCCAUUUCAAGACAUUGUUGAAGAGACAGGGAAGUAUGAGUCAAAGGAAAGCAGCGCUAUUUACAGGAAGGGAGAGAUUUAGCGAGGCUGUCAUUGAAUCAUUUUAAAGGCUGGCAUAUCGACUACAAAACGUUGUUUUUAUACUGACAGGGACCGUGAUGAGUUGUAUUUACCCUUUAGUUACUGUACAUGGUUGUGGAUGUUAGCAAAAGUGAUAACUGUCCAAACUGAUUGUGUGAUAAGAUGGCAUAACUUUUCCUCUUGUCUCAGUGUUGUUCAUACUCCAUGUGUACGGUUCAUAAGUCAUUACCCCAAAUAAAAAAAGGUGUAUCAUGGUCAAUC